UUCCAUGAUAUUAUAAUUUUUUGGAAAGCGUCAAGACCAUCCAGCGCAAGAUGUACACCAGGUGUGCUGAUUUUAUACAACCGUCCACAUUCACGGCAUGUCCUAAUGCUGUCCAUAGCAUCCAAAGCCUUUCGGGAUGAUGCCGAAAAUCUGGUCCAUGUAGCAACACGUGUUGCAAACAAACUGUGAACCAAAACAUGAACAUUUCCAUUGAGCUGGUGAAAACCUACGUAGGCAAGUAUUACGUAUUAAGUAAACGCGACCAAUCGGAGCUUGUCCCACAUAGCUGCAAUACAACUGCUCAUCUAUAGAUAGGAAACGACAACACGCAUUUAGAAGUUAUGUGCAAUUACUGGUUCCAUUUUGAGUACUGCACUGCACUGUAUGUGGCACUGUACAUUCUGUUGUCUCAUCUGCUGUUCAUGUACAGAAUAUGUGUGUUCUUCUUUUUCAUAUUGUUCGGCACAUUUGGGUGAUUUUGCACAAUACAACGCAAUAAACUCACAGAUACACGAGUGAAUCACGUCAAGGGUAUAAACCGGAAGCCAAACUUGCAUUUUUUUUUCUUGGCAGCAAAAGAGGAAAAGGUACUCCUCGUGGUGUAUAAAAAGGCAGAGUUCUGUAUGUGCUUCAUUUACGGGAAGUGUUAGAAAUGUAACCAUCGGGCAGGAUCUACAUUGUCACAAAAACGAUAAAACAACGUUGGGGGAUUUCACGCCAUUUGCAGCUCGCAUCACGGAUCGUGCCCUUAUCAUGGAAAAUGCCACACGCGAGGAACAACCCCCACACGUGAGGAACAAGCCCAAAUCUCUUGGUAAGGCCGGUUGGGUUAAAAAGGCCUCUUGCAGACUGCUGGCAAGCUAUAAAGACUGCUACAUCCAUGUGGACGACACUGCUAUCCUGCUAUAUGAAAACGAGGAAGCGAAGAACUGCAUUGAAAGACUCGAUCUACAAAACUACGAUAGAUGUCAUGGAUUAAAGAGUAUUUUCAUGAGAAAGCACAGGCUGAUCCUGAUUGGAUUGCCCAAGUCUGGAAGUAAGAUCCAUAACAUGAAAUUCCAAGUCCAGACUGCAGAGGAAAAGGAGGCUUGGAUUCAAGCCCUCAGUGACGGGAUCGAUCGCGCAAAGAACAAAGUGUUGGAUGAGGUUAAGAUGGAUGAAAGCAGUAAUUUACUGCAUUUAACUCGAACCAGACCCAAAGGGAACCGUAACCGGCGCCCACCGACCAGGAUUCAUCUGAAAGAGGGAGCGGAGUUGUCAGCUGAAGCCUUGCUCCGCUUGGAUUUGGAUCUUUUAGAUGCCGCAGUGGCAAAUGGGACAUACGGUGCCAAUGUCGAUGACACUGACAUGCCUCGAGAAACUAACAAAUCAUCUGAGCUUCAGUGCGACUCCACUGAGAAGUCACAUGCAAAGACCCAGACUGAGUCAAAGGUCCUUAAGCUCCCCAUGCAAAGACAAGAGAAGGCUGCUUGGCAAAACACAAGUUCCCCCAAUCCCACGGACAGCUCCUCAAGUGAGCUUGCAGGGAACUCUCAAUUGAAAGGCCACAUCCGCCCUCCAACCCCGCCGACCAAAGACAAGAAACCCUCCUAUGGUCCUUCCCAACCUAACCGAGAGGCCGAAUGUACACCGGACAGCCGUGAGGACAAGCGACAAGUUCAUACAAAUGAGAACGCGAGAGGGCCUCGGAAAAAAUAUGAAACUCUUCCCUGUGUUGGUGAUGAUGCAACUACAGUUUCAGAGGACGAAGACACAAAACGUGCAUCGUCUAAAUUGAGCAUCCAACCAGUCAAGGGCGACACAACGGGAGAAGACCACAACUCGUGUCUUCAAAGAUCACUUCCUUCCACUUCUCUCUGUAGCGAUGUUUUGCGGAAUAACCCCGCCACCGACAGCCAAAUGUUUUUUCCAACGCCACAAGAAAAGACGAUAGAUGCGGAUGAGGGUUGUCAGCAUUUAAAUGCCAAGAGUGAAGUGUCCGCACGCGAAAACACAUUUGCGAUGUCUACAAGCGCAUCGGGCGGGAACGAUAUGCGCACCGACGCGCCGAACACUCGGAGCCGUGGUAAUUUAAUGCCAAUGCCGCCCAUAGUCACGGCGACAACUGACGUCGGCUCCAAUGUGUCAAUGUGUCGGCGCUCUGAGGCCACGCCUCUGUCGACCAAAAUUAGAACCGUCUCCUUUGGAGAUCUGCUGUCUGACUCGUCAAUUAUUAUUUGGUCGCGGUGCCGUUCGGAGGCUAUUAUGAGAAACCGAGUGUGCUGUUCCAAUACGGGAAGAGAUGAAGAAUGCGCUCCAGGAGAUCUGCUGACAAAGGCAGCGGAGAAAUUCAAGGAGGCUGAUUAUGUACUCAAAGAGGUCAAGAAAUUGAAACAUACAAAGAGUCUGAGAAAAACAAACAGCUGGUGAAUGUCGGUCAAACAACUGACAGAAAGGAAAGCGUCCGGCGAGUCGUUCUCAUUUCUCAUCUCGGGGCAUUCAAUCGACGGCAACUGGACUGUUCGUCCGAGCGGGCUUCGUGCGACGCGAACUGCUCGGAUCGGAGGUCAAACGUCUUCUAAGACAAACGGAACGCUCCAGUCGCAAUCCAUGCAAUGCCCUGAGAAUGACGGUAAAUCUUUUCAUGGGGCACCGCUGACGAAAUGACACUUUGCUCAAAUGUCGUCGUCGUCGUCGUGGUGGUGGUGGUGGUGGUGGUGCAGCUUCUACGACGUUGGGAAAUGUGCUGCCCCCUAAAAGGAAUAUUCGGUGUCAGUCCUCCCAGUUAACGGGGACAUUUGACUUCAAAAGCCAUCAAUGGCAGCGAACGACUUUGAAUGUCUAAACCGCAGGCAACAAAAGGGAGUAAACCCCUGAGUGAAAAGGAAAAGCGAUUUGACAUGUACAGUAUGAGUUAUUUCAGUCGUCUUCCACGUCCCUUGUGAGAAAGUGAAACUUACAAGGAAGGACUUUGCUCCGCAAAUUACAGGACGAGGAAGAAGACUCCCUUGGGUGUUGACGCCUCAGCUCGUGUGCUCUUUUGCUUCUCGGUCCCGUUCGGCUGUGUUUUCACGUGCUGUUUCAGUGUCUUGAUCCCUUUUUUAAUGUGGAGCGGUACGCUUGAGACCUCCAUUUGCCUCCGCUAUCUGACUUCUUUUCAAAGAUAAUACUGUAAACUGCUCUUUGGUCUUUAGAAUAUGCGGGUUUUCACUGUAUGAGAGUCAGAGAUGUGAAUCCCGUGUGUACCUUGCCUGUUGCGCAAAGUCAGCGGGCGAGACGGAUCACCUGCGACUCCCAGAAGGAUAAGUGGUCCAAAACGGAGAGAUCAUGUCGGAAUGUAAAAGAGUUUCAUGUAUUGCUUGGAGUGAUUUUCAAAUAAUAAUGUAAUCAUGUAUUUUCAAAUCUGGAUAUAUUACAAAAGAGCAAAGUGCCCCACUUCGGUUAGGGGCUUUGUGUGGGUGUUCGGUGGUGUUGGAUUCAUUUUGCUUUUGCUUGCGACUGGAAGCUGAAUGCUGAAAAUCCGAAUGAUGGAAUUCUAAAUAAAAGAGCUUCAUCAAGCCCCC